AACGCUUUGAAGAUCAGGUCUGUUCUCUGGUUUUCCCGUUUACACUUUGCUCAGCCACACUUUCUCUUUCCUCUCAGAUUGGUGUCGUAUAAUUGAAGAAUGCCGUCGGCUCAAGAUCCAUUCUACGUUGUAAAAGAGGAGAUUCAAGAAUCUAUUGAAAAGUUGCAAUCUUCCUUUCAUCAAUGGGAGCGAAUUCAUGCCAAUACCGGAGAGCAAAUACACCUUGCAAAAGAGCUACUUGCUAGUUGUGAGAGCAUUGAGUGGCAGGUGGAUGAAUUGGACAAAACAAUUGCUGUAGCCGCCAAGGAUCCUGCUUUAUAUGGCAUUGAUGGGAUAGAACUUGAAAAGCGAAGGAGAUGGACCAGCAAUGCUCGUACUCAGGUGAGCACAGUAAAGAAGGCAGUUAAAAGAGGAAAGGAAGCGAAUGGUACUGGCACUACGUCUGCUAACGCGAUGCAUCGAGAACUAAUGAGGCUGCCAAAUCUACAUGAGACAGAUAGAUCUAACCCGUAUUCUGCCCAUGACAAUGACGAUUUUAUAGCAUCAGAAUCAGAUAGACAGUUGCUUCUUAUAAAGCAACAGGACGAGGAGUUGGAUGAACUUAGUGCAAGCGUACAGAGAAUUGGAGGUGUUGGGCUUACUAUACAUGAGGAGCUCCUUGCUCAGGAGAAAAUCAUAGAUGAAUUGGACAUGGAAAUGGACAGCACAUCGAACCGUCUUGAUUUUGUUCAGAAAAAAGUCUCUAUGGUGAUGAAGAAGGCUGGUGCUAAAGGCCAGAUUAUGAUGAUAUUAUUCUUGGUAGUCCUGUUCAUUAUCCUUUUUGUGUUGGUCUUUCUCACCUAGCGGAAAGAAUAAAGCCUGUAUGCGAAGUUUAUACAUAGAAGAGGUAUCGGUUCAUUUAGGAACUUUUGGACUGUUGAAGAAUAUAGAUGAUAUGAUUGGUGAUCUAGGUUUGUCUAUUAAGAACUGGCCUGGAAAUUCUGAUCCGAAAAGCCAAAGGUCCUUGAAAGUUCUUUACAAUUUUUGAAGUUGACUAUUUUUGAGUUUGAACAUGGAGUAUCAAAUAUAUGUAAAACAGCUUCAUAUUAUUGGUAUUUGUUUA